AUGCGCCAGGAAUUUUUUUUGAGCUUCGUUGUUUCUUUAUUGCAGGCUUGUCAGUCAUUCGCUUCACCGAUUUCGAAAGAUGCAAACGAGCUUGAACCAGCAAUUAUUGAUGAGCCUACCAAAGGUUUGAAAGAAAAAAAGAGCAUGUUUAAUUUCUUGGGUUAUGACAAUUCUGUCUUUCCUAACGAUUGCAAAGGCUCAAUGUUAUGUCCUAUGUUGCGCGGCGAAAAUCAAGCUUGUCCUUAUGCGUAUAUGAAGUACAAUCGUACCCUGAUAUAUCAUGGAUACACCUCGUAUACAGCAAACUGGUGUACAGCUAUGUAUGAGUGCGAUGGGGACUAUCCCAAACGUACGGGUAACGAAAUUAUAGAGCAAUUUGAUCAGCUUAACUUACAAUGUGCUUCUUGUGGUACUCGACACUUUGAAGAUGAUUUGGACGGAACACACUGUUAUGUGAGGUUGAAUUACUGCUAUCCUGAUUGUACAGAAGUUAUUCCGGAAACUACAGAAUAUGAGUACAAAGAGCCUGCUCGAGAUUGGUAA